GCAGCUUUGUUCAUGUUCUCCUUUACCUUCUUGAUGUAGGAGAGGACAACACUCGUAUGAAGAAAGAAAGAGCAGUAUGAUGGAUUCAGAAGAUCUUGUCAUAACAAGUUCAAAGCAAGAUAUUGCUCAUCACCUUGUAAAAGUUAACUCAGGUAAACAUUACUUUUGUGGAUAUUGUGCAGCCUUCACCAAUAUAGCAAUCACCUUUCCCAUCCAGAAGGUCCUCUUUCGACAACAACUGUAUGGAGUGAGAUUAAGAGAGGCAGUAUGUCAGUUACAGAGAGAUGGAAUUCGAAACCUGUACCGUGGACUCCUCCCUCCAUUAAUGCAGAAAACAACAACUCUUGCCCUGAUGUUUGGCUUGUAUGAGGAUUUCUCCUUCCUGCUCCAGAGGCACACAAAUGCACCUGAACUUGUGACUUGCAGUGUGGCAGCAGUGCUUGCAGGAACCUCAGAAGCUCUUCUUACACCCUUUGAGCGGGUCCAGACUUUGCUUCAGGACUACAAACAUCAUGACAGAUUUACAAACACUUACCAGGCUUUCAAGAUGCUAAAGGACUAUGGAAUUAAAGAAUAUUAUCGGGGUUUGGUACCUAUUCUGAUCCGAAAUGGACCGAGUAAUGUACUCUUUUUUGGUCUGCGAGGACCCAUCAAGCAGUGUCUGCCCGAAGCAACUUCUUAUAGUGCUCAUUUGGUCAAUGACUUUAUCUGUGGAGGGCUGUUGGGUGCCAUGUUGGGAUUCUUGUUUUUCCCAAUUAAUGUUGUAAAAGCUCGCAUGCAGUCUCAAAUUGGUGGGGAAUUUCAGUCUUUUCCAAAAGUUUUCAUGAAGAUUUGGCUAGAACGUGAUAGAAAACUGACACAUCUUUUCAGAGGAGCCCAUCUGAAUUACCAUCGCUCUAUUAUAUCGUGGGGCAUAAUCAAUGCAACGUAUGAAUUCUUGCUUAAGUUAUUAUGAAAAAUGUUACCUUCUGUGAAGUCGCUCUGCUCAGUUUUGGGUAUUGGCACAUUGAGGUCACUUAUUUCCUAGGAUCGAAUUUGUCAUAAUCAGACCUGUUCAUGAACAACACUGAAAUUUGGAGAGUGUAAUUGCAAAAUGGUGGUUACAUUUCAGUAGGGAGAGAAGUAAUUUUUACCAGUGCCUGCUUAGUCUGAAAGGUAAUUACACUCAAUCUUAUUAAUGGUCUUCAGUCUUUAUGGAGUGAAUGUUGGCAUUGUGUCUAGAUCUUAAUUUAAGAAAAAUUAGUUUGUUCAAAAGUGCUCUCUUUAUUAAAGUAUUUAGAUGCUGGAAGGUGAAUUCAGCCAUACCUGAAUAAACUAAUUGAAACUUACUCCAGGUCACCCUCAACCUUUCCUAACACUCCUGGUGAUCAAAACUAUGCUUGAUUGUGCACUUUGUGGAAUAUGAAAGUGAGGGACGCUGACAAAAGCUAUUUAGUUUCCCUACUUGGUAAACUUGGGAGGGCUGAGUACUUUGAACUUCCAUGUUGUUUCAGGUUUCCCAGGUAUCUUUACUGUUUGAAACCAGACUGCCAACUUUUAAUGAGGAUGGUGUUACUUCUCAACUAAGCCUUAAGAUUCAACAGAGCCUACAUGAAUUAUUUUUACCAGCUGGUCUCCUAAUAUGAAUCCCAUCUUGUCAAGCAACGUAAGGUAGCUACUAUGGCUAUGUCUACAAUGCACUUUAACUGUUUUUUACUGACAAAAAGCACUGGUGUGGAUAGUGGUUUGUUGGCCGGAGACAAAGCUACUGCCCCUCGUUGGAGGUGGUUUUAUUUUGCCUGUAGGAGAGUGGCUACACCAGGGACCUUACAGCGGCACAGCUAUGGUGCUGUAAGGUACGCAGUGUAGACAUCAGCAGAAGCUGAUCCAGUGCAAAGUAAGGGUAUGUGUACGUAUGUGAAAAGGGAGUAGCUGGCAGCUGGAGUUGGGUGGUGGGGAAUGAAACAAAUUUUAUCUAAAAAGCUUUAAAAGUGUCCAUGUUACAGUAUCACCUGUUUGUGAAUGUGGAGUAUUUUAUUUUGUCUUUUGUGCUACUUAGUUUGUUGCAAACAGGCACGGCACCAGAAAGACGACGUGCUUUCUGCAGCAUUAAAACGUACAGAAGUAGUAUGAAAACUGAUGGGAGUCAAAGUACUUUGUAGACAGCUUUUGUUGUAUUAAAGUAAUUUAUGUCCUUUUGCAGCUAUUUUUACUUGCUUCAGGUGAGGUUGUAGCAUCACUGAUCACUUGAGUCAGUAUUUUUAGCAGAAGCUUGCUCUACCCUCCAUUUUAUGCCUUGUUCAGGGUAUAUCACUGUAGUGGAAAAGGCACUCCGAUACUAUGGCAAGGAAGACCAUAUAAGCGCUGGGCUUGGGGGUUUCUCUGUGAUCAUUUAAUCAUGUUGAUAAAUACCCUCAAAUAUUAAAAGUAAUGUUGUACUUGGUAUUCAGGUGGAUGUGCUUUAAGGCCUUGGAGAAGAGGGCAGGAACACAAGUGAUUACCAAACUAGUGGUCUUCAUAUAAAAAAUGACUUUUUGUAUAUUUAUGCAAAAAGGGUUCAUAAAGUAUUUUCAUAUUUUGUGGUGAACAUGAAAGCUUUCAGAAAUUGCUUUGGAUGGGUUUUUUCUUAAUUUUAGAAUGAACAUUUUUUUAUGGAUCCUUAAAUUUUCAAAUGCUUAUGGUUUAUUACCUCAUUUCAGUUUUCACUUGGCAUAACUGCCCCAAAAUAAUUACUCUCAAACAGUAUGUAUGUCCUAUUUUUUUUGUAAUCUAGAGCUCGAUGCUAGUAAGCUUCACAGUUAAAGAUGGCCAAACACAAAUAAAGCACAUUAAUAUUUUGAAUGUUGUGAUUACAUGGAUUUAAAUAUACUGGCUGUUGAAUGUUUGUUACUGGUGGAAUCUGAUUUUACCAGUGUAUUGUUUUUGUAACCUUUCCUUGAUGGAAUAAAACAAAAGUAAAUCUGUUUCCCCAG